AUGUCGCAAACAGUAGGCAAGACUCGCCUCGCCUAUUCCCGCUCAUGGCACCUCAUCGACAUCGGCUCCGACCCGCGCGCCCUCGGCCGCGUCGCCUCCUCCAUCGCCCUGAUCCUCAUGGGCAAGCACAAGCCCAUCUUCGACCCAUCCACCGACUGCGGCGACUACGUCGUCGCCAUUGACUGCAACAACAUCCACACGACGGGCAAAAAGCGCUUCCAGAAGCUAUACCGCACGCACACGACGCGGCCGGGCUCGCUCAAGGAAAUCAGCAUGGACCGCAUGAUUGCCAAGUGGGGCGGCGGCGAGGUGCUGAGGAAAGCGGCUGAGGAAGGAGAGGUUGGCGCGCUUGAAGACGUUUGAGGAGAGGGCGCAUCCGUAUAAGGAGAAUCUUCUGAGGGUGGAGAAUGGGGGUGGGCAGAGUGUUUUGGAUCACGAGGAGGUGCAGAGAACGUUGAGGGCGGCGAGGGAGGGGCCAAAGACUGAUGCUGCGAUAUGAUGGUAGGAGGGCCGAGGGCUGUACAAUGCGUCAGGGAAGCAUGUCAUUCUAGGUUGGAGUUUUGGGACGGAGCAAAAGCUCUCGCUGGCUGGAAAGGCCGGCAACUGCAUAUUAUGUAUCAUAGUGGCGAGCUUUGACGCUUAGCUGUAAGAGCAAUACAC